GUUCCAUAUACUCAGCUAAAUCGGUUCGUUCCCUUGCAUACAAUCAUCAUUGUUGACACUUUCAGAUUGGCCUUCUGCGCUGCGUGGAAUAUGACAGAGAGUCGAGAUAGUUUCAAUGCCUUUGCCAAGGACCUGUACGAUGUGGUAUCCAGGAGUGCUAGCGCCCAGAACUGUGUGCAAGGCAGUAAUAUGAUAUUCUCACCUGCCUCGAUACAAACAUCCCUAAUGCUCGCCUUUGUGGGAGCGGCUGGAUCUACAUCGGAGCAGCUGCGCAAGGGGCUAAAGUUGGGACCAGAGGACAGACAAGAGAUUGCCAAGAUCUAUCACGAUUUCUGGUCGAGGCUGAGCGAAUGUGGGGAGAGAUUAAAGCUGAAGACGGUGACUCAUUUCUUCGUCAACGAGCAACUGAGUGUGAAGCCCGACUUUGCUGAAAUCGCCUUGGACUACUUUCAGUUUAAGCCACAAAAGAUGAAUUUCGCGCAAUCAGCAAAGGCCACACAGCAAAUCAACACUUUGGUGGAGCAGGUAACAGAGAACAAAAUACGGAACCUUUUGCAGCCGGAUGCGGUGAAUGCGGAGACAAGUGCUGUCAUUGUGAAUGCGCUGUACUUUAAGGGACUAUUCCAUAAACCCUUCUCGCCUGAGUCCACAAUGCCCGACGACUUCUAUGUGAAUAAGAAACAGCUUGUCACCGUUGACAUGAUGUACCAGGAGGACAAGUUCAAAUAUGUUGAGCUGCCCGACCUGGAUGCCAGAGCGGUUGCGUUGCCCUUCGAGGACUCGGACAUAUCCAUGCUAAUUAUGCUGCCAAACAAGAUAUGUGGACUGCCGGAAUUGGAGUGCAAGCUAAAUCAGCUGGAUUUUUGGAGCAUUGACAAGAACAUGCAGAUGCAAGAUGUGGAGAUAGCCAUGCCCAAGUUCACCAUUGAAUUCGAUUUGGAUCUGAAGGACACGCUGCAGCAGCUAGGCAUCACAGACCUAUUUGGCGAUGGGGCAAAUCUGAGUCGAAUUUUCGAGGAGGCAAAGGGACAGAAGAUCUCAGCAGCCAAGCAUCGCGGCUACAUCGAUGUCAACGAAGCGGGCUGUGAAGCGGCAGCGGUUAGUGUGUUGAAAGUGGUGCCAAUGAGCUUGAAUAUGAAUAAAGAAACCUUUAAGGUGGAUCAUCCAUUCCUAUUCCUUAUUCGGAGCAGCAAAGCAAUCUUUUUCGUCGGUCGCUAUUUGGAACCACAGCAAAAAAAUUAUUUUCAGGUUAACUCUGUUCUGACUGAUUCCUUAUUGCCUCUUUUAACUAGAUAAAUAUUUAUAAAUAGUAAAAAAAAACAUUGUCUAACAUUUAUUUUUACUUGCAUUGUUAAAAAUAGUCGAAGGGAUGAUUCCAAGUCGUAAACAAUAUUAUUGAAAUGCUGAAUUAUAAUUGUGCCAACAAAGUAAAAAUUACUUUAAAUAAUAAUUUACACUUUCUAUUGAGUAUUAUUACAAUUGAUAGCUGAUUCAUAUUUAUUAUAAUUACUUUUCUCUUUUUGUUCAAUUUAAUUAGUAUGCAAAUCGGUAUUUGGCAUUUUAAUAUCCAUUUACUACUAACAGAUUUUCUUCUUUAUUCUUGGAGGAUGGCUGAGGAGGGAGCCCGAAUAUUUCUAUUUAGACCAUCCAUUGUUUUUUUUAAUGUAAUAUUAAUAUUAAUAAUAUUUAAUGCAAACAUUUUAAUAUAAUUUAUGUCAAAAAUCCGCCAAAGCAUUUGUUCAAUAAAUAUUUAUAUUAUUACACAAAA